AUGACUUUGCUAAUUAUUAAAUUAAUAAUAAUUAUUAAUGUGAUCAUAACUGUUGUGGUCGCACAACCUACAAUUGUACGUUGCUGUCAUGAUUCCGUAUUGGCAGAAGGUAGAAUUUAUAUCGGAGGUGGUCUUACAGGAAAAGAAUAUGAAGACAUCUAUUUAAAUGAUUUUUUUUCUUUCGAUUUAAGUGUUCCAUUUACUACAACUAAUAUGCAGUAUGAAGUUCACGCAAAUGUUCCCAUAAUGAGCAUAGCACAUACACUUGUGUAUGCAAAAAGUGCAAAGGGUGGAAUGAUUUAUUUGUUUGGUGGUAAGAGAAAAAUUCCUAUUGGAGAUCCUAUAUACGAAUACUCCCUAGAAAAAAAAGCAUGGAGCUCCAUAACACCUAAAGUUAGUAAAGGCGUCACGAUUCCAAUUGAAUCUAGUACCAAGAUUGAAGGUAUUAUAGAAAGCAGUUUGGGUACUAUCUACAUAUUUGACAAUGGAACCAUGUAUAUUUAUGAUGUAUUGAAUAAUUUUUGGAAUCCUGGCGAAAUCGCGCCUCACAAGCUUAAUUAUUAUGCCGCCGUUAUGUUAAACACAAGUGAAAUUGCAUACAUUGGUGGCUCUAAUGGUACUAUUAACCUUCCCAUGGAUCAGAUCCUUUUAUAUAACACAAAAUUAUCAUCAUGGCAUAUAGAGGCAAGUAGAGAUAAAAUUCCAUCACCACGGCAAGGUCACACGGCAUCAAUAGCACCGGAUGGACGGAUAUUUAUAUAUGGUGGUUUUGAAGGUAAUGAUGAUGUGCUCACUUCCGGAAGUACUCCCACGUUCGCAGUCCUUGAGCGCGUUGGUGAUGAAUUCGUAUGGUUCUCUCCUGAGCUGUUUAAUCCGUCAUCUGUUAUGAGGAUCUACCAUACCUCACACGUAGUAGGAGAUUAUUUGAUCGUUGCUUUCGGGCGGAAUUUAACUCAAUCUAGAUUAAAUACAAUUGAUCUGAUUAAUAUAAAAAAUAAAGAUAAUUACGAAAUCGUCACAGAUUUCAUACCACCCUAUGAAUUGAGUAAACAAUCAACACCAUCACCGCCCACACACACCUCAUCCCGGUCCACCGUCAUUAUAUCAUCUGUAUUUGGAACUUUUGGUUUUUUUGUAAUUAUUACGAGUGCUUACUUCUUGUACAGAUAUUAUCGAUCUCAGAAUGAUAUUGUUAAAUGA